UAUAAAUGAAAGCACGGACUGUUACUUAAGUCCAGUUAGUAGACAUGAUAUUCGGGAUUCAGGAACUCAAACAAUGACGACGUUAGAAAAUGUGUCUAAUGAAAGGGUAAAUAUUGUUGACAAUAACAUUAACAAGACUGUGGAGGGAUGUGAAAUGUUCGAAAAAGAGGUUCACGAACUUGGUGUGACGGAGCCUAACAUGACAGAUAUUGAAGGAGCAGCCAUUGUGGAAAAGAAAGACAUGGAGUGUUACUUAAGUCCAGAUAGUAAUCACGAUAUGAAAUCUGGCACAAUGCACAACGAGGAUUCAGGAACUAAAACAACGACGACGUUAGAAAAUGUGUCUAAUGAAAGGGUAAAUAUUGUUGACAAUAACAUUAACAAGACUGUGGAGGGAUGUGAAAUGUUGGAAAAAGAGGUUCACGAACUUGGUGUGACGGAGCCUAACAUAACAGAUUCUGAAGGAGCAGCCAUUGUGGAAAAGAGUAAGCAAGAAAAGGGUACCAUAGAAGACAUGAAGUGUUACUUACGUCCAGUUAAAACACAUAGAUUUAAAAAAGGUACAAUAUGCUUCUUCGGAAAAAAGAAUAACUCUGGCACGAUAACUACAGAUAAUGGGCAAUGUUAUAAGUUCUAUAAAGAAGAUUUAAAUUUAGGUUUUGAUCGACCUUUUAAAUAUCCACAAAAAGUGAAAUUUGUUGUUGAUGAUACACAGCCCAAAUGGGCCUAUGAUGUAGAAAUAAUUGGAGACCCUUAUGUUCGAAGGUGCUGUUAUUGUUUAAAAGAUGAUCAUCUUGGUUUAGAAGACUGUAUGAAGUUACAGAUAGAUUCGUAUAAUUUUUACUAUCCUUAUUUAUAACAUAACGGUACAAAACCAGCAGUUUGUGAUAUUUAUUCUGUUAAUGUUUCAAUUAAACUUAUAAAUUAUCAAUAAAAAUUAUAUGUUAUAAAGUUAAUACUUAAAAAAUAAUGUAUUUUAAUAAUAUUCUAUGUUAUUUCUAAUUCGUGAUAAAUAUAUUGU